AUGAAUACACUCUGCUACGGACAAUAUGAAGCAAAUAAACCCAAACUGACAGCAGACAAAACCAUCAUACCAGUAGGAGGCAGUGUGACACUGACCUGCUCUGUGUACGGUUUUGCUGACUGGGAAUACGAAUGGUUCAGACAAUACGACUGGUUAUUGUACAGACAAACCUCUGAGUCUUCUGCACCUCAACUCAUAAGUGUUAAUGAAGGAGGCAUCUACUUCUGCAGAGGAGGAAGAGACUCAAUCUUCUACACAGAGGACAGCAACAAAGUUACUAUUCAGGAAACUGUUUCCAACAAGGCUGUUGUGACUCUGCAACCCAACUGGUCUCUGAUAUACAGUGGUGAGACAAUCACUGUCAGAUGUGAGAUAGAGGGAGGUGGAAACACUGGAUGGGAAUAUGAAUGGAGAGAAAACGAUGUGGUCUCACCUCAGAAAGACAAAGAAUUCAGAAUCAGUGCUUCUUCAUCCAGUAAUAUAAACUUCAUGUGUAAGGGUAGAAGAGAUUUAUAUUCCUCGACAGAGUGGAGUGAAGCCGUCACACUGAGAUCAUUGAAUAAAGCCAAGUCGAAACUGACACCAGACAGAUCCAUCAUACCAGUAGGAGGCAGUGUGACACUGACCUGCUCUGUGGACUCCUCUGCUGACUGGAAAUACUACUGGUCUAGACGUGACUCAGGUUCUUCUGCUCUUCAGUCCAUAACAAAUGUUAAACCAGUUCACAAGGUCUCAGAAGGAGGCAUCUAUCAGUGCGGAGCAGGAAGAGGAAACCCAGAGAUCUUCACAGAGUUCAGCAGAACAGUCACUGUUUGGAAAACUGUCCCAAAUAAGGCAGUUGUGACUCUGCAACCCAACUGGUCUCAGAUAUACAGCGGAGAGACAGUCACCAUCAGAUGUGAGAUCCAGGGAGGUGGAGACACUAAGUGGAUGUAUGAAUGGACACCAGCCAACUUAAACACAUCUCCAACACUCAGUGAACACAAGAUUAGCAGCACUGAUUACUACAGUAGAGGAUACAGUUGUAGAGGACUGAAGGACUCAUAUUCCUCUACAGAGUGGAGUAAUGUCUUCAGACUGACAGUAUCAUCAAAUAAACCAAAGGCCAAACUGAGAGCUGACAACAGAGAUAUUCCAGUAGGGGGCAGUGUGACCCUGACCUGCUCUGUGGACUCAUCAUCAUCUGGUUGGAAAUACUACUGGUACAGAGGAGAGAAAACCUCUGAACCCCUGACCACACAAGAUGCUGUUUUCCAAUCAAAUGGACAAAUCAGCGUCUCACAGGGAGGAUCCUACUGGUGCAGAGGAGGGAGAGGAGACCCAGUUUACCUCACAGAGUACAGUGAUUCAAUCAGGAUCAACAAUAUUGUCCCAAAUAAGGCUGUUGUGACUCUGCAACCCAACUGGACUGAGAUAUACAGAGGAGAGACGAUCAUGCUGAGAUGUGAGAUCCACGACGGAGACAAAGAGUGGGAGUAUGAAUGGAAGAGUCCCCGUUACACAUCUACAAAUAACAAUGAAUACAGGAUUAGCUAUGCUUCUUCAUACCACAGUGGAAACUACAAGUGUAGAGGCAGAAUGAAAAAUGCAGAACAUAUUUCAACAGAGUGGAGUGCUAACAUCACAUUGACAGUAUCUGAUAAUGAACCAGCAUCUGUCCUCACUGUGUCUCCAUUAUGGCUGAGUCCUGGAGACUCAGUAACUCUGAGCUGUGAGGUUGAACAUCCAUCUGCAGGAUGGAGGUUUUACUGGUAUAAGACUGUUCCCAAACUAUCAGAGUAUUCCUACAUCAAUGAGCUGCUACCUGGUAGCAUCAAUGGGACUGAACAGGAUUCCUACAUCAUUCAUGGACCGACACACACAGCAGGAUAUAUGUGUAGAGCUGGAAGAGGAGACCCAGUGUAUUACACUCAAUACAGCAAACCUGGGUUUGUUUGGUCUGGAGAUGUUCAUUCAGCAGUGACUCUCAAAGUGAGUCCUGACAGAGUGCAGCACUUCACCUCUGACUCUGUCUCACUGAGCUGUGAAGGAAACUUUACUAAGUGGAGAGUGAGGAGGUUUCCUGUGGGCUACUCAUACUGUUAUUACUGGAGGUCCAUGACUGGAUCCACAUGCAACAUCAGCAGUUCAAAGCAGAGUGAUGCAGUGUACUGGUGUGAGUCUGGAUCAGGAGAGUUCAGCAAUGCCGUCAACAUCACUAUACAGAAUGCAGAUAUUAUCCUGGUGAGCCCUGUGCAUCCUGUGACUGAGGGACAGUCUGUUACUCUUGGCUGCAAACUGAGGACAGGAGAAUUACUUUCCAACGUGUUUUUCUAUCAAAAUGACAAACUUAUCCAAAAUGAUACCAGAAGAGAGUUGAAUAUCUCUGCAGUGUCAAAGUCAGACGAAGGUUUCUACAAGUGUAAAUACUCAGGAGAAGAAUCAGCACAGAGUUGGAUGUCAGUUCAGGCAGUGUCCAGACCUGAAAACUCUUCAUCUCUUAUUACAUUAAUUGUUGGGCUGGUUUGUGGAGUUGUAUUUAUUAUUCUCCUGAUCCUGUUGUAUCUCUACAGUCGAUCCAGAGAUUCUCACUCUGUCAGACCAAUCCAGUCUGAGAGCACCAAUCAGGACUCUGCUACACAUCACAUGGUCAACCUGAAUGAAACUCAAGAUCACAUCUACAAUUCUCUUCUCCACGGUGAUGUUUGUGUCUAUGAAUCAAUCAGAGGCUCUGAAGACCCUGAAAACGGUAAAGUAUAAACCUUAACAUGGAGCAGUCUGAAAUGCAACUAUUGUAUAAUUUAAGAGAAAAUC